AUGGUUAGCAGUCCCUUUGCUUCAACACUGGUAACGCCGGACGAGUUCCACAAUGCGUCUGGAGCUUCAUCUAGUCGGAUUAUCCCCGUGGCUGCGGGCCGGGCCUCACUACGUUCAUCAUACGAGAAACAACACAUCCCAGGAUCUGUUUUCUUCGACAUGGAUAUGGUAGCAGACACGACGUCACCCUAUCCACAAAUGCUCCCCACAGCAUCCCACUUCGCUGCCUGCAUGGGACAACUGGGUAUCCAGCCGGAUGAUGUUCUGGUUGUCUAUGAUGCAUUCGAUGUCGGCAUGUACAGCGCACCUCGUGUGGCGUGGACUUGUCGUCUCUUUGGACAUAAAUCAGUGCAUGUCCUGAACAAUUUCCGCCUCUACGUGGAACAGGGAUAUCCUGUUGCUGAUGGGGAAAUGGCCCAUCUCCCACGGGUAGAUUAUCCCAUUUGUGAACCGGAUCCGAAGCAAACAAUUUCCUUCGACGAUCUCAGGCAACUUAUUCUGCAAGGAUCAGGAGAAUAUCAGAUCAUCGAUGCCAGAAUCCCAGGACGAUUCUCAGGUGUGCAAGAAGAAGCGGACCCCUCUCUGAGAUCGGGCCACAUGCCUUCUGCUAUUAAUAUUCCAUUGGCAGCAAUACUAGACACAGAUACUAAGGCCUUUUUACCGUUGGAUAGGUUAAAGACGCUAUUUGAGGAGGCUGGAGUGCAGAAGAGGUCGCAGGUAAUACUGACAUGCAAUUCAGGCGUUACUGCUGCAGCACUGGAUCUCGCCUUGGAGGAGAUAGGGUUUGGUUUGCACAGGAGACUCUAUGAUGGAAGUUGGAUGGAGUGGACUCGGAGAGCGGACAAUGCUCUUGUGGUGAAAGACUAA